GCGGUCGGCGCGGCGAUCGUCGCGGCGGCGGUGCCGCGGACGCACGCGAUCGGGGCCCAGUGGGUGCUCUCUCACGAGGGGCUCUCGCCCGCAGACCGCCCACUGGCGCUCUUCCCCCACCGCAUCCAAUCCCUCGGAUUCGACGAGAUGGGGGGCCUGUUUCGGGGCCACCGGAUGGUGGCGUACCGCAACCGGCUAGCACACCUCAGCAGGGCCGGCGUCGGCGGGCCCGCGCUGGGCGGCGCGGGCGGCGCCGCGCGGGGGGGCCUGCUGGCGGCGCGGUGA